GCCUAAAAUUCUUUCUGCUAUUUUUCCUUAACUGAUUUGGUUAGGGAUAGAAAACAGAGGCAUGAGAAAGGAAUGAGGAAGAAUUACAUUCAUUCAUGUCAAGUAGGUGUUGUCUUCUAACACGCCUCGUUCACACAGUGAGGUGGGACGUAUUUGGUUUUUAUAGGCAGUCUGUGGUAUAACCUGUGUGACAGAUACAUCCUUCGUAAUCGGGUUUCGUUCGUUUUAGAAAGCUCGGAAAAGUUGACUUAACAACUUUAACGCCUGAACUACUUCUGGAAGUCGUGAUGGAUUGCUGUUGUAUGUCGCGAGAAGAACGAGAAGCUCAUAGAAUCCACCAAGAGAUUGAGAGACAGAUUAGCAAGUCCAAAAAUGAAGUGGAGAAAGAGGUGAAGCUGUUGCUUUUAGGUACAGGCGAGAGUGGAAAAAGCACCUUCAUCAAGCAGAUGAGGAUCAUCCAUGGAAAAGGCUACUCAGAGGAUGACAGGAGGACCUUUACCAAGUCCAUCUUUGAGAAUAUAUUUACUGCAGUGGACGCCAUGAUCAAGGCCAUGAAGAUGUUGCAGAUCCCGUUCACAAAUGAUAAAAAUACAAAUUAUGCUGCAAUGCUGCUUCAGGUGAAAUCAUAUGAUAUGAGCUCUAUGGAUAAGAGCUAUGCUGAGGCUAUAAGCAGCAUGUGGCAAGAUCCUGGGAUGCAGCAGUGCUACGACCGCAGGAGAGAGUACCAGCUCUCUGAUUCGACCAAAUAUUACCUGGAUGAUAUCGAGCGAAUAUCAGCUCCUCUUUACGUGCCUUCUGAGCAGGAUAUUCUCCGGGUCCGAGUUCGCACUACUGGAAUCAUCGAGUACUUCUUUAACCUCAGCUCUGUUGUAUUCAGGAUGGUUGAUGUAGGGGGUCAGCGCUCAGAGAGGAAGAAAUGGAUCCAAUGUUUUGAAAACGUGACUUCUAUCAUCUUCCUGGUGGCACUGAACGAGUAUGACCAGGUCCUGUACGAGAGCUCGAACGAGAAUCGUAUGGAAGAGAGUAAAGCACUCUUUAAGACCAUCAUCAGCUACCCGUUCUUCCAGAGGACCUCCAUGAUCAUUUUUUUCAACAAGACAGAUCUCCUUCAAGAAAAAAUCUCCAAGUCCCAUCUUGAAGACUACUAUCCUGAAUACAAAGGUCCCAAGAAUAAUGCAGAAACAGCGAAGAAGUUCAUUCUCCAAAUGUACGAAGCUCAGAACUCAGACGCAUGCAGGCGCCUAUACACACAUUUCACUUGUGCCACAGACACAGAAAAUAUCCGAUUAAUUUUCUCAGCUGUGAAAGACACCAUCAUGAGGAUCAACUUUGAGGACUUCAUCCUGGUUUAGAGCAGCUGAAGCUAUGACUUUUAUUUUGAUAUUAGAAUUAAUUUAUUUACUACUGUUGUUUUAGAUGUCUCAUUCCCUUACAGAAUUGCUUUAAUCUUUUUAUUGACAGUUUUUCAUAUGUGAUCAUGUUAUUUUUUAUGAUGUCUACUUGCAUUCACAUUAGCAGUUACAAAGUACAACAACAUGGUGACCGUGAAAGCAUCUUUACAUCAACAUAUGAUCACAAAUGACGUGGACAUGAAAUUACUUUAAGGGUUGCGAAUCUUUGUUUAGAUGACAAAUAUGCUUAGUUUUAUGUAUUUUGAAUGUUUCUGCCAAUACAAAAACUCACUGUCCCAUCUCGAAGCUGAAACCUUUCAACAUUCAGGAGCUGUUUUUAUUUUCUUGAUGUUUACAAAUGAGGCACAUUUAAAUCUACCAAUUCUUAAAACACAUUUAAAUCAAAUGCCAUAUUAGUUGUGACUUAGCAGUUAAUGAACAUAGUUCAGGGGGGCACGGUGGCUUAGUGGUUAGCACGUUCGCCUCACACCUCCAGGGUUGGGGGUUCGAUUCCCGCCUCCGCCUUGUGUGGGUGGUGUUUGCAUGUUCUCCCCGUGCCUCGGGGGUUUCCUCCGGGUACUCCGGUUUCCUCCCCUGGUCCAAAGACAUGCAUGGUAGGUUGAUUGGCAUCUCUGGAAAAUUGUCCGUAGUGUGUGAUUGCGUGAGUGAAUGAGAGUGUGUGUGUGCGUGCCCUGUGAUGGGUUGGCACUCCGUCCAGGGUGUAUCCUGCCUUGAUGCCCAAUGACGCCUGAUAUAGGCACAGGCUCCCCGUGACCCGAGGUAGUUCGGAUAAGCGGUAGAAAAUGAGUGAGAGAGUGAGUGAACAUAGUUCAGAAUAUAUCCACUAGGUGGCAGGACUGUACCCUGGCUCGAUUCAAUGAGUCAGAUCAUUUGAUUCAAAUCAGCAACUCGACUGUUCCAGUUAACAAGCGACUCACAUUUUAUAAAAUCUUUCAUUUAGAAACAAGACAUGCCUUAAUGUUUCUGAAGCAUGUUUUCAUUAAAUAUAUAAACAAGAGUAAUUGUCAAAAUAACCGUCUCGGUUAUUUGAGUCGAUUCUUUUAGAUGAAUGUUUAGUGCUGAUUCAAACAUUAUUAGAUAUAUUUGAUAGAAUUCAUUGUAAAGCAAUAUACUUAGGGUUAAUUACAAGGAAAACGUAAAGUUAAAUAAUUUCAGAUCUAGGUUGGCACAGAAUCACCAAUCGUAAAUAUCGCAGACUUGGAAAUAAGCCGUUUUGAAGCCGAAAGAGUCGACUCUUAAAAGGCGACUUAGCUAAAUGAUCAGACUAACACCAAGAAACUGAAAUUUCAUGUUCAUCGAUGCUAACUAUGUUCUCUUACUGGACUCUCUGGAUUUGUUUGUGCAUUUUUUUCAGGGGUAUGUGCAUUUUAUAUCCACUGAAGCCGUAUCUUUCUUUCUUUUCAAUCAAAGAGCCGACUCAUUUACACCAUCAAUGGCACCAGACCACUAAAUUGAUUUAGAAAAUGUAUUUGUUCACUAUUUAAAAGGUUUUUCUUUUUGCAUGAGCAGAAUUUCAGCUUAACUACCUUGUGCUUGUUUACUAGUAAUAGUUAGCUAUAAUUUAGACAACUGAUAAUGCCAUGUAUUUUACAACUGAAUAAAUAAAUUCCAACCCACCA